GCGCCACAGCAGCGUAACCCUGACAAGCUUCUCUAGCACCGUUCUCUUUCUGUUUCGAGGUAAUUUUUUCAUCAGUCUCAAACGGACUCUUCUAUUCAACUUCACCUUCGCCAUUGAAGAACUCCCCCUGUGACCGCUACUUUCUUUCCUUUCUCUCUCUGGUAAUUAACACGAUGUCGUUGAGGCGUUUCUUAGGCUAUUCUGAUGGUGAGGUCAUGAGGUCUGAUGCAAAACCUUGUUCUAGGCUAAUGAGGCAUACAGCUGGAAUUUUUAGUGUUGGUGGAGCACUAGCAUUUUGGGUCCUGUGCCGAAUGCACUAUGGUCCUCGAAUUACAAUUCCCAGGAGUCUUCGAUGGGCAACAUGUGGAGCUGUUACUGUAAGCUCAAGUACGGCUUUGCUGGUUCGUUUGUUUAGUCCUGAAUGUGAGCCCCAGAAUAUCGCUGCUUAUGACAAUAAAAAGUAACAUUGAUAUUAUUACCCCUUUCCUUUUUCCCUACUUGUUAAUAUAAAAAGGGGGAAAUGAUUAGUUUAUGAUGUGGUGUUAUAAUAACCUUUUGUACCCGGGGAAAUGAACUUGCGUGAUUGAAAUCUCAUCACUCUAAUAACAUUAUGAUACACUUGCAAAGAA